CACCGCCGCAUUCGUGAGAUACAACUCGUGGCAGUCGGACGAAGUUCAGCGGCUGCUCUGAUAUCUGGAACUGUGCUGGUUCUGUUCCUCCCUCUCUGUGCUUGCUUUUUUUUGGCGUUGUGUUUUUGUUUUCGUUGUCACUUUGUCACCUUGCGAGCGGUCCACACCCCCACUCUCUCCGCCGGACUACUCCGUUCCCUCCGAGACUCAGUCGCGAUCCCCAGAAGAUCCGAGACCCCAGAGGACCAGCAUCCCAGCUGCACAUCGCAACCGCAUCCACGUCCAGAACACAGAACACAGAUCACCAGCAUGUCGGACGGCAUCGAGGUCGAGCAAUUGGUGGAGAGCAAGCCGAGAAGGAUGCCACUGGCCACAUCGUUGGAGAAGGACUCGAUUCGCGAGGCUUACGAGGAUGUGCGCUCCGAUCUCACCGACACCGAGUGGGCGGUAUUCAAGUUCGAUGGUGCCCAGAUCAUCGUCCACGGACGCGGCCAGUGCUUCGAGGAGUUCCGACAGCAGUUUGGUGACUCGGAACGCGCCUUCGGCUACAUACGCAUCCAGAUGGGCGACGAGAUGUCCAAGCGCAAGAAGUUCAUCUUCCUGACGUGGAUCGGCCAGGAGGUGGGCGUCAUCCAGCGGGCCAAGAUGUCCACGGACAAAGCGCUCAUCAAGGAUGUGCUCAACAACUUCGCCGUGGAACUGCAGGCGGGCGUGGAGGCCGAGCUGGACAUUGAGCUCUUCCGGGAGGCGUUGAACCGGGCCGGCGGUGCCAACUACGGAACGGGUAUCCGGGAUAACUAAGCGGCCUCCAAGUUACUUUACAUAUUUUUUUUUGCAUCUCUCAACCGCUUACCAAACUGCUCCUUUCUCUUUAAUUAUUAUGAAUUAAUUUUAUGAAAUUUAAAAACUGUACAUUUUAUGUAAUAUUAUACAAGCAAUUGUAACAUUA